AUGGCUUGGACCCCUCUCCUGCUCCCCCUCCUCGUUCUCUGCACAGGCUCCGUGGCCUCCUAUGAGCUGACCCAGCCGCCUUCAGUGUCCGUGGCCUUGGGACAGACGUCCAAGAUCACCUGCUCUGGAGACUUACUGGACAAAAAAUAUACAUCUUGGCACCAGCAGAAGCCAGGCCAGACCCCUGUGCUGGUCAUUUAUGAGGAUAGCAAGCGGCCCUCAGGGACCCCUGACCGAUUCUCUGGCUCCAGCUCAGGCAACACAGCCACUCUGACGAUCAGCGGGGCCCGGGCCGAGGACGAGGCUGACUAUUACUGUGGAUCAGAGACCAGUUCACCGUGGUACGUCUUCGGCUGCGGGACCCAGCUCACCGUCCUAGGUCAGCCAAAGUCCGCGCCCACGGUCACUCUGUUUGCUCCCUCCACUGAGGAGCUCAGCGCCAACAAGGCCACCCUGGUGUGUCUCAUCAAUGACUUCUACCCGGGCAGCGUGACGGUGGUCUGGAAGGCAGGCGGCACCACCAUCACCAGGGGCGUGGAGACCAGCCAGCCCUCGAAACAGAGCAACAGCAAGUAUGCGGCCAGCAGCUACCUGGCCCUGACGGCCAGCGAGUGGAAAUCUUACGACAGCAUCACCUGCCAGGUCACGCACGAGGUGACCACCGUGGAGAAGACAGUGUCACCCUCCGAGUGCUCUUAGGUCCUGGUCCCCCCACCCUCAGGGGACCGGAGCCACAGGACCCCUGGAGGGUCUACCCACCCACCCUGCUCCCCCCAGCCCUCCCUCCUGCACCCAAUCAACUCUCAAUAAAAUGUCCUCAUUGUCA